GAUGCAUAGAGCAGCCUCAGCCGUCGAGGAGGAGCGAUGAGCAGGCACGUCUACAGGGAUCCGGGGAUGCCAGGCUCCAUCUAAGCUGGGCAGUGUUGUCGCUGUGAUUUGUCCUGUCCUGUCCUGCCUCUCCGGGUGCUGGGAUGCCAGACCCCGGCUUAAUGAUGUUAUCUCCCCAGGAGGCCGCCAAGAUCUACCACGCCAAUUAUAUCCGAAAUUCCAGGGCCAUAGGGGUGCUGUGGGCAAUCUUCACCAUAUGCUUCGCCAUCGUCAACAUUGUAUGUUUCAUCCAACCUUACUGGAUAGGGGACGGGGUGGACACCCCCCAGGCGGGCUACUUCGGACUCUUCCAUUAUUGUAUUGGCAGCGGCUUCUCCAAAGAGCUCACCUGUACCGGCAGCUUCACCGAUUUCUCCUCCAUCCCCUCCGGAGCCUUCAAAGCCGCCUCGUUCUUCAUUGGCCUGUCCAUGACACUCAUCAUCUCCUGCAUCGUGUCCUUCGUUCUCUUCUUCUUCUGUAACACGGCCACUGUGUACAAGAUCUGUGCCUGGAUGCAGCUCUCCUCCGCUGCCUGUCUUGUACUGGGUUGUAUGAUUUUUCCUGAUGGCUGGGACGCAGACGAGGUUCGGAGAAUGUGCGGAGAAAAGACAGACAAAUACUCACUUGGUGCGUGUUCAGUGCGCUGGGCAUAUAUUUUGGCCAUCAUUGGAAUUUUGGACGCUCUCAUCCUAUCUUUCCUGGCCUUUGUACUUGGUAACAGAUUAGACACAUUGAUGGCUGAACAACUAAAACUGGAAAGUAAAGAUGAUGGCAAUGCCUAAGGCAUUAAGAGGUCUCUUAUGUUAAUAUUUUUAUUAGCAAGCACAAGUGGAGAAAACUAUGGAAACGUUUUUAUACACCAUCACGCUACAUGGAGAAGACUUCAAUGUACGAGGACGUUUCAGAAGUAAAUUUUACACAAUUGGUUUAGAAUAGAAGAAUAUUGAUCUGUACCCACUUGGACUAUACCCCGGCUCUAUGUUUUCUACUAACUCCUCUAAUGUAUGGCUGGGACUGCACCACAUACAGUAUUUGGAUAAAAUGUUAUUCAGUGUUUCA